ACUCCCGGUCGGGAAUGAGGUUGGCCUCGGCGGCGGCUGCGGGACCCGAGCCGGCCAUGGCGGUGUGGACUAGGGCCACCAAAGCGGGGCUGGUGGAGCUGCUGCUGCGGGAGCGCUGGGUGCGGGUGGUGGCCGAGCUGAGCGGCGAGAGCCUGAGCCUGACCGGGGACGCGGCGGCAGAGGCGGACCCCCCGCUGGGGCCGGCGCUGGCCGCCUUCAACGGCCUCCCGAACGGCGGCAGCGGCGGCGGCGGCAGCGGCAGCGGUGGGGACUCGCUGCCCGGCAGCCCGAGCCGCGGCCUGGGCCCGCCCAGUCCGCCCGGGGCCGCGGCCGGAGGCUCCCCGCCCGUGCGGCGCGUGCGGGUGGUGAAGCAGGAGGCGGGCGGCCUGGGCAUCAGCAUCAAGGGCGGCCGCGAGAACCGGAUGCCGAUCCUCAUCUCCAAGAUCUUCCCGGGGCUGGCGGCCGACCAGAGCCGGGCGCUGCGGCUGGGCGACGCCAUCCUGUCGGUGAACGGCACCGACCUGCGCCAGGCCACCCAUGACCAGGCCGUGCAGGCGCUGAAGCGAGCCGGCAAGGAGGUGCUGCUGGAAGUCAAGUUCAUCCGGGAAGUGACUCCAUAUAUCAAGAAGCCAUCGUUGGUAUCGGAUCUGCCUUGGGAAGGGGUUGCCCCCCAGUCACCAAGCUUCAGUGGCAGUGAGGACUCGGGCUCCCCCAAACACCAACAUGGCACCAAGGACAGGAAGGUCAUUCCUCUCAAAAUGUGUUUUGCUACCAGGAACCUGAGUAUGCCAGAUCUAGAGAACAGAUUGAUAGAACUCCAUUCUCCCGACAGCAGAAAUACUUUGAUCCUUCGUUGCAAGGACACUGCAACCGCCCACUCAUGGUUCAUAGCCAUCCAUACCAACAUCAUGGCUCUUCUCCCACAGGUGUUGGCUGAACUCAACACCAUGCUCGGUGCUACCUGUACAGCAGGAGGCAACAAGGAGGUCAAACACAUCGCCUGGUUGGCAGAACAGGCAAAACUAGAUGGUGGAAGGCAGCAGUGGAGACCAGUCCUCAUGGCUGUGACUGAGAAGGAUUUACUGCUCUAUGACUACAUGCCAUGGACAAGGGACGCUUGGGCAUCACCUUGUCAUAGCUACCCUCUCAUUGCUACCCGGUUGGUACACUCGGGCUCAGGAUGUAGGUCACCAUCCCUUGGAUCUGACCUUACUUUUGCCACCAGGACGGGCUCCCGUCAGGGCAUCGAGAUGCACAUGUUCAGGGUAGAGACACAUCGGGACCUGUCGACUUGGACCCGCGUGCUUGUACAAGGUUGUCACACUGCAGCCGAACUGAUCAAGGAGGUCUCACUAGGUUGCAUAAUGAAUGGCCAGGAAGUAAGACUCACGGUGCAUUAUGAGAAUGGGUUCACGAUUUCCAGAGAAGGAGGCGGCCCUGGCAGUGUGUUAUAUAGAUACCCCUUUGAAAAGUUAAAAAUGUCUGCUGAUGAUGGUAUCAGAAAUCUGUACUUGGAUUUUGGUGGUCCUGAGGGAGAGCUGACCAUGGACCUGCACUCAUGCCCCAAGCCAAUCGUUUUUGUGCUGCACACCUUCUUGUCGGCCAAAGUCACGCGCAUGGGCCUGCUGGUUUGAGCCCAAGGCCACCGAGCAUCCCAAGGAGCACCCCCACCUCAGAAGAAAACAGUUAAGCACAAAAGAAAGCUGCUGCUUUUGCUCUCUCCUACAGCAUCAGUGCCUUGACAAGGACCUGCAGUCACUGCUAACCCAAAACUGUGUUCAAAGAACAGCCUGUGAUGAUGAGCCACCACAUGCAGGAAUUCCAGCGUCCUCCCUGAAGUCCCUGGGGACAGGGAGGCAUGACUUUGUGACUGUAGAAUGAGGAGCUAUUUUCUGUAUAUUCUCUGUGUUCAUCAUCUGUUUAUGUUCGUCUCUCUUCUCCCAUGAUGGGGUGGGGGCGUGCUUCUACUUUCCAAAUAUGAGCAAAUAGUGGAGAGACAUUUCCCUUCUUCCCAGUUCCCUGGGCUUGAUUUGGUGCCCAGCCUAGCCCCAACAUGUGUGCUUGACAAUUCUCCCCACCUUUCCCUUGCUAGCUGGCUGUUGGCUUUGUGGCCACUUCAGGGGUUUCCUGAGCUUUGGCAGGAGUUGGCCAUCGCCUUUUAUUGUGUGAAGCCUCAGUUGUCUCUCUGACAUCAUGCUAUUGCUUCAUCCCCAUCACUGCCAUCAUCACCCAAUUUACCAAAUUUUACCACUUGAAAGUGUUUACUUUAUAGCAUAAAACCUGUGAAAUGUCGAUUUAGUUCGCCAUAUAUUUUUAACCAGCACCUAGCAGAAAGAAUAUUGGAGACCAGGGUAUAUUCCAAGGAAAUAUCUACUCAUUUUCGUUUGGGAUUUUUUUCCCUAAUUAAUGUUUUUGGAAGGAACCAGAGGAUAUCAUGGUAUGAGACUGAUUUUAAAAGAAAGUCCUUAUUUUAUACCAAGCCAUUUUUUAAUGGCUUACCAAAUGUGCCUUUGGUCAAGGUGGGUCAGAUGUAGUUGAAUAUCACAACCUCUAUUUAAGUAAGGUGAUCUCAGUUUAAAAGAAUGUUUCUUGAAGGGGAGCCUCCAUAGCUGCCAUCCUGUUUCCAGAGUGAACUUUGGAAGAACAAUCAGCCCCAUUUGCACAAGUGCUCUCAGCAAUCCCAUGAGGCCAUCUGAUCCCAAUGAAGGCCCUGCAAUAUAUGGGCUGCUUCCUCCCCCUCAGAGGGAUAGGGAACAAAACCAUUCAUCUGUAGCAAUGUCAAGGCCCAGUUCGGCCUCAGAGCCUGGCAGAUUUGCAGUGAGGCUGUAGAUCGGGCCUCUGGCAUUCUCAAAGUAUUCUUGACAUUACUCCAAGGAAAUGGAACAAGCAAGGUGGCUGGGUUGGUGGCACUGUAAGUCCUUCUCUUCCCCUAAUCUCAACAAGGCUACGUUUAUGGAAGGUGGUUCAGAACAGAGAAUGGGCGCCAUUUGAGUGACAACUAACAGUCAUCCUGAAUCUGAAAGGAGAGCCACGGCAGAGGCUCACAACCGGCCUGGGCGCUGACUCUGGCAGACUGACUUACCUGAAAUCACCGACCCCUUCAGAAAGAGUAGCUCUGCAAUCAGCGAGCCAGGCCUGCAGGUUCUCGUUGGAAGGAAGGCUCCCUCCUUUCAUCAGGGAAGUGUCCCCUGAAGGAUCCCAGGAGUGGGAUCUUUUGAAAAGGUUAUGAAGAAGACCGGGCACACAUACAGGGGAGGGUGAGUGGUGACCUCUUGAGCCAGCACAGGCCAGCUCCUUCCCUGGACCACUGCCCUACCCCUGUCUGUGAGCUGGCUCUGCUCUUGCACAAUUCUCAUGAUAGGAAUGAGGAAGGUGCCCUUGUUCUUCUGUCCAAGAUUCAUGGAAUUUCUGGAGGCUAGACCUAAGUCGUCCUUCCUACUUGAACUGCAGGGACACAAAUCUAAAGGUAACAUAGAGUUAUGUAUAGAAUUUGUUAUUUUCAGUAUCCACAGACUCAUUUUAAAAUUGGGACUUACAGGUUAGUUGGUCUUUUCAAUAGCUUUUCCAUCUCAAAUCCAAUUUGAAUUUUGAUACUAAAAGUCUUGAUAGCUGGGGGCAGUCAAGAGCCAAGGAACUUUUUUUAAAAGAAUGCUUGAACCCCGGGUCAUAUCUUAAAGCAGAAUCCCAGCAUUCGAUACAGUUGAAUCUACAAGCUUGGCUUGACAGGAGCUGUCAAAUCUCUGCACAAUCUGAAUAUCAUUAUGUUAGACUCCUGUUUUCCAAAGCGAACAGAAGUUUAACUCCGCAGUCUGAAAUUUCCCCAACAAAGUCCUUAGAUUCCUGCUUUGCUGUGGAUAUUUUUAUGUAUUCUUGUUUUUUAAAAAAUGCCUGAGCCAACAAGAAAUACAAUAAUGGGAACGUCUGGAAACCACCCUAUUCAUCCUUCUUCACAAGAAGAUUUUGUACAGGGUAAAAUGUAAGUGAGAAUAAGAAAAGCCAUCCCUCGUCCGUCCUUCGCUAAGCUGGGAUCAGCCCAGUUUGGGCUGCUCAGGCAUAAAAGCAUCAAAGACCAAAGGGUCUUGAUUAGAUCUUUGCACCUUGAAACAGAAAUGGAACAGAAUGGAAUGGAAGCCCAGCCCACAAGAUGCCAGCCACUCUGGGAAGCCCUUAGGCAGCACCCAUUAGACACUCUUGGAGUCAUCCAUCCAAUCAUGGGUGACCAGGGUUUGGUUGGUGAGAUCCCUGGCCCACAUGGAGUGCUUUAUGAAGGGACGGUCUGGAUAAAUAUGUCUCUAAGCUCACCAAAUAUGGCAGAUUGUUUGAAAAGAAGGUGUUGUCUUAUGCCUCUGACCUCAUCAUUUUUCAUGAGGAGAUUUGUGAAAGUACUCAGUGUUCUCCAUGGGCAGAGCUUAAAGGGAACCAUGGGCAUCGGAGACUUCUUGUUCAUACUCCUAUGCAAGCUGGGGUUGGGGGGUACUGGAGAUUUCCUGUUCCAUAUCUCCACCCCACCCCCACCCCCAUUCAUGCGAUUGAGUUCAUAAGCCACUGGUUGGUGAGAGGGUCUGCUCUUUUCCUUCUGUAAUCCUUCCUUUCUCUUUUUCCUCCAUUCCCCUCUGUCCUCACUCUGACAUCUUAAAAAGAAAAAAACCUGAAAGGUAGGAACAUCUAUCUUUUUGUAAAAGGAAAACCUUUCCAUACAAGGUCAUAAAGUAGAACUCAAUCUGAAAUUAGUUUAAAAUCUAGCAUUAUAUAGAUAAGUAUUUUUUCUUUCAUGUAUGUUUAUGCAGUUAUUUAUUAGAAUAAUUAUAAUUGUAAUCCUAUGUAACUACCCAGUAGACCCCAGAAAUGUGAGGUCAAAUGCUGGCUAUGUGCACAUAUUCAGAAUAUUCUAAAGGCCAUUCAAAUCUUCAAAAGCCAUCUUUGAGCACUUUUUAAACAAGGGAUAUCUUAUUGAUUCAUAUUAUCUGCACUCUCAAUAACUUUAUAAUUCCAAAAACUUACUGCAUAGGCAGGAAGUAGAGCUAUGGAAUUCCUUGUUUGUUACAUUUCUAUUAAAAAUAUAUAUGUACCUUUAAAUUGCAAAUAGUUAAAAAUGUUACUGGCUAUUCGUGUCUCUAAAUUAACUCUGUAAGGUAUAUGCUAGUAGCAUAAAUCUUACCUACUAUUUAAAUUUGCACUUAGCUGCCAAAUCAUAAAGUUUUCAUCAAUUAUUUUUAAAAAUUAAAAAUCCAUGUGGAGAAUUAAUAAGAUUGUAUUUCUCUCAAAAAAAAACUUUUGCUAGAUACGGUUUUCAUUGACAAGGUGUGAGUACAUUUGAGAAAAGGUCUGAUGGGGUUUUUUUCCUCAUAAAAACCUUCAGAUCCUAGGGUAUAAUUUAUAUGCAUGUUAGUUAUAUCAUAUUUCCAAAAAUGAGACACACACAGUCCCUGUUCAUGUUUUUCUUUGACCUGCAAACUACCUUGUAAGCUGCUAUGCAAGUUAUCUUCAAAGCCCUGCCUGCUUAAAGGGUUAAACAUUCUUUAGGCUCCGGGGAAGACAUGUAGACUUACGCACUUUCUCUGUGUUGGGUUUUUUUUUUUUAAUUUCUUAAAUCUUAGUUCUGAUACUUAAGCUGAAUUAUGUUAAUAUCUUAAGUUUGGUGGCUAUAAACUUGAUUUGAGAUCACUUUUAAACCUAACAGUAUAAAUGUCCAGCGUAUUCGUUUAUGUUGCUGCCAAUGCUGAAUGAAACUGCAAUUGAUCUGUCAAGUAGGAAAGCCAAAGGUUGCUAUUGAAUCCUGUGUUAUUAAAUGAAAAGUGAAACGCCAAAACUCUUUGGUUCUGAAGCUGCUUGCAUCGGAGGAAUUCUCAUUUCUAUAAAACGAGGACUUCUUUAGAACAUAGGACUCUUCUUAAACUCUAGAUUAGGUUAGACAUGACUCAGUGCCCUACUGCAGAUUGCUCUUUGACAAGACCUCAUACGCAAUCAGUGAAGUCUGGAGUAUUUUUCAGUUAAAUCUAGAUGAUAUUUGUUUCUCCUCCCCGCCCCCCUCCAAUUUAGGAAAUACAAGAAUAUAUCAUUCUCUGUCCCCAUUUUAGUUAGUGCAGUCUUUUGCCUGGUAGCCUAGAACUAAGUCCAUCAAAGUUUUACUUCCAGUGGGUGGUUUGAGAUGCUAAUAGAUAUUUUGAAAACCACACAGUUCCUAAAAGUCCACAUUGCCAAGCUCUUAGCCAGCACUUGGGUUGAUAAACACGUGUAAAAUGAUUACACUGCCGUCAUAACCACUUGAUGCUGGAAGGGUCUUAUAAGUGAUGCAUGAAUUUGAGUGACUUGUCCUAACAAUGUUGGGAGAUUUAUUUUGUGUAGACAAUGCGUUAGAGGAGCUGCUCUGAAGUCCUUUCCCACCAAAGUUUGAAUUGGCUUUUGCUAGUGGUGACACAAGUUCAUUUGCUUACGCCAAGUGGGUCUGUGCCCAUAUUGCAACAUCUCAGAGUUGGAGGGUUCCUCUGACAUCCAGCCUUGGCCGUACCUGACCAAAAAGCCCCUCUGCAACACACCCAACAAGUGGCUGCCCUGUCUUUUUGCCUAAGAACCUUUUAAUGAAGCAGAACGAAUGCCUCCUGAGACUGUCCUUUCAGCUCCUGGAGAGUAUUAUCUUGUUUCGAGCCUCAACUUGCCUCUUGGCAAAUUUUACCUGUUGUUUCUGUUCCUUCUUCCCCACGAAAGCCCUCUUUCAGGUAUUGAAAGUUAGCUGUUAGCUGUUUCCCCUAAGUCUUCCUUUCUGGGCUGAGCUUUCCCGAUUCCUUCACAGAUCCUCUCAUAGCACGAUGUCAAGGCCAGUCAUCCAAGCUGCACUCCCCUGGGUGUUCUUCCUUUUAUCCAUGUCACCCACAGCUGAAUGGACACCACAUGGUCUGCUGGAGCCAGGACACUGGAGGGGUGGGCACUUAGCCCUUCCUUACUCUCCCAGUGCAGCCCAAGAUCACGUUAGUGGUGGUGUGACUGCUGUCUCACCCAGGCUACUGUAGCAGGGUGUUGACUCUCAUUGGGCUUCUCUAAAGGCCACUAGAUUUCCCUAGGCCUUUUUUCAAACAAAUUUCUCUCUAACCAUACUUUUCCUCAUUUCAUACUUUGGAAGCUGAUUUUUUGAACCCAAGUGAAAUCCUUUAUACUUAUUCACAAAAGUUAUUGAUAUGCUUUAGCUUUUAAGAACUAUUUUUAGAUGUGAUGUUUUUUAUUUCAGAAUUGGUGAAAUUUAACUUCUGGUAAUCUCUCCAACAGUGCCCUGCCCUGCUCACAAAUUUCUCGAGUGAAUGAACUUGUAUUUUUUCUUUCCAUCUGUCCUGUUUUUCAUGUCAUGAUUACAUGUGCCUUUUUACAGAUAACAUCUGGUGCUUGCUGUCUAAAGAACAUAGGUACCAGCCAUGUAUCCUAUGAAAUAUAACCUGUCUAAAAGUGUUUUGGAUAAAACUAGAUAGAGCUUAUACUGUAGUGAGAAAGAACACUCAUUCACAGAGCAUUUAAGUGCCUACAAUUCACAAAACUGCAUUUGGUGCUUUGGGGCUUUGAAAGAAGCCAGACUUGUUGACAAAUCGAGUUCCUGCCCAGCUAAAUCAUGCCUUCUCUUAUGCAGUAGGUUAUAAAGGACUUCACCUCAGAUUUUUACCAAAGUGUUUUUUCCAUUUUUACUUAAUUGGGUAUGCCGGUAAACCAGACCAAAAGGCCUGGGCUUUGACAGGAGACUGUGCCAUGAAAAUGAGGGUGACAGACUGAGCACUUUAAAGGAAAUCUCAUAUGACAUUAAAUAUGCGGGAGGAAAAACCUGCAGGAAGGUAGCAAAUUCCCAUCCAAUGGUGGGCUUGUAGCAGAAGUUGGAGAAUCACUCUUCGGAGUCUUUGGAGAGGGGAUUCAGGACUUGGAGAGCUACUGUUAUUAGGUGACUUCUGGGGUUCCUUUCCAGCUCUAAGCUAGUAUAAAUUAGUUUUUUCUUUCCCACUGGAAGGAAGAAGGAAAAGCUUGGCCUGACAUGUUAUAAAAUUUCAUCUAAAUAAGAUACGAUCAAACAAAGCAAGCUCUGUUGUUCUGAGUAAAGAACUGUGAACAUGGAAGAGAUGGGGACAGAAGAGGAGGUUCUUUUAGUUACAUAGGGCAGAAAUAAAUAUGAUUACUUUUUGUUCCACCCAUCAACUUUUUCUCUAAGUGGUGCUGUUACAUAAAUUCCCCAAUGGACAUCCCUUUCAAUAGCUUCUUAUUUGCAUGGUAAAAUGCUUCCUUAGCGAUUGAUCAAAAUGAAGAAAGACACUGGGAAACUUAGAGAAAUGUACUUUUUUUUUCAAGCAACUGCUGGAGACAUGGUCCCAGAACUUGGAAUGUACUUAAGACAAGAGAAAUUGUUUUAAUUUAUCAAAAACGUUCAUCCAACCAAAGCCCUUUCCUGUACAAAAUGCCUUAUUGAGUUACAAGUAGGUUUUUCCUCCAACCUCACAAUAUAAAUCAAGUUUUUAAAUGAAUGAGCCUCAGGUGUAUUCAGUAAAAAUAUUCCUGUUCUCACUAUAGCACGGGAAAUUCACCGUAACUAACCCUUUGUUUUCAGGUAUGCUGGAACUAUACACAAAAGUUGACCAUUGCUUCAGUGUCUUGUUCCUUACUAGAUGCGCCUCCUUGGCGAUCCUCGGUGUUCUCCAUUAUAUAUAAUUGGGAUCUGUUUAUUUAGAUGUCUGCAACCCAUAGCCUGGGAAACAUAUCAUUUAUCCAUUUUUUGUUUAAAUGGAUUCAGUUACACUUUUUACCUUUAUGUAGUUACCCUACCAGAAGGCAGGAGUAUGGAUAUUUUUAAAUUGUGUUUCCCAUUUAGCAUCACUGCUCACUCAGCUGUUGUUUCCCUUAGCAAAUCUGCCCUUUGCAAAGAGGCAUUUGGGAAUUCUUGCUGUAAUAAAUGGUACCAGUGUUAAGUUUACACAAUGAAUACAGCAUGACAAGCAACAGCUACUCCUUUUGGUACCAUCGGACUUUGGGGAAACAACUCUGGGGUAGUGUAAAACCACUACCCAAAAUGACCUGUUUUGGCGCACAUCUGUGCAAAUUCUGUCUCCUCCCCUCUUUUUUUUUUUUUUCUCCUUCCCUCUUCUCCCUCUCUCCCCUCCACUCCCCCCCCCAUAUUGUUCCUGGUGAUUUUUAAAUAUUAAGACUUAGAAGACUAAUAAUACUGCUAGGAAGAAUCAAAAGUAUAUCCUUUUUAAACUACUUUAUAAAGCUCUGCUCUGUAAGACUUCUUUCCUCUUAUUUUGGAUCUUCUGGCUUGUCUAGGCUACCAAAUCAAAAUAUUCAUGUAAAACAGGGCAGUAUUGUGUUCUUAACAAUCAAUCCCAGGAAAAGCUUUAUAUGUACACUAUAAAUAUGCAUACAUAGACAACACUUUCCUUGAGUUGCAUAUUAAUUAUAUAGCAUUGUACAUUACAAUGAAAAUGUGUGACUUAAGGGCAAUAUAUAUAUAUAUAAGUACAUAUAUACCUUUGUAACCUUUAUAUUGUAAAUAAUAAAAAGUUUUGCUUUUA